AUGGGAAGCAAGCAGAGCAGCAACUGCUGUUGCUCAGACUCCAGGCCCAAUCUGGGAGUGAUCCCCGAAGUCGUCGAAGCGCCCACCGUUCCACAGAAGCCGAUCGCUCUCCCGGAGGGGGCAGAAGGGGAUGAGGCGCCUCCGUCGGACCAAGAGGACGCCAUGAACGGUCUCACUUCAGACCCGGCGGAUCCUGAGCUCGUCUCAGUGGAGCGCCGCACUUCGAACGGAUCCCUAAAGUUGGAGAGGAUGAUCGGCCACCUCGUAGACGAGGAGAUUCUUCGCGGCAUUCCGCUUCGCCCUUCGCUUCGUGGCGGGGGGAUUCGCUGGUGGUUUCAAGACGGCGCCCCUGUGUCCAACUCCGAAGCCACACCUGUCGACAAGUUUGAUACGUUCAUCUCCCACACCUGGCAGACGAGCGGGAGAUGGAAGGUCCUCUCCCUCACGUACCAGACUUCUUGGCAGGUCGUCCUGGCUGUUCAAGUUUCUUCCAUCCUUGGCGUUCUGCUGCUUGGCAUCGGCGGAAUUCUUCCCCUUCCCUGGCUCACCGCCUUAGACACGGCAGGAGUGGCUACAGAGUAUCCCAUGGGGCCUUGGAUGCGCUGGGCCAACUUUCCUGCCAUGCUGCUCGGGCUCUUCCUCGCGCCGUACGUGCCGGAGAGGAGACCACGGACGGCCUUUGUUGACAUGCUUUGCAUCAACCAGGAGGACAAGGAGCAGAGGCAGAGGGGCAUCGACGGCAUCUCUGGCUUCCUGAAAGUUUCGCGAGAGCUGCGGAUUCUGUGGAGUGUGCCGUAUCUAUCUCGCUUGUGGUGUGUGUUCGAGCUGGGAGCUUUCCGGCGGGCCAACCCCUCUGGGAAGAUCACUCUGGCACCGCUCUUCAUCGAGCAGCUCCUCUUUUGGAUGGUUCUCGGCCAGACCGUGAUUACCAAUGUCUACUUCCUGGCAGAGAUCUGGCUUUGGGGCUUUGCAGUCUAG